UCAGUAGCCGACAGGACGCCCAGCCAGCAGUUCAUCGGGAGAAGGAGAGCGGGCUUUCCACUAGUGAUGAUGUACUAACGUGACCACUAUGAGCAUUUUUCCGAGGUGGGCAGCCAUGCUGCUGCUCCUGGGCCUGGCCCACCAGCUGGACCCCUCGCUCGCGGCGUCCGCAUCCUCGUUCGCAUCCGGAAACGCCUGGCAGCGCGCCCUAUUUGGCCGGGAAUCGCGCAACUUGAUGCACCGCAGAGCCCCGUUUUCCGGAGCCGCUGAUCUGGGCCUUGACGAAUACCUGGGCCCCUAUGGCGCCGUCGAGCAGGAGCAGCACCAGCCGCAUCCUCCGCCGCAGCAGAUGCGCCAACAGACCGAAGUUUACGGAAUCGUGGAGCCGCUGAUUGAGGACACGCCCUGUGCCGACCGACCCUGCCUCCUCAACGACGAUUGCUGUCCUUCCGGAGUUUGCGUCAGCACAUACGGCGAAGGCAAAUGCGUAUAUGUCUUUGGGCGUCAGCGAGAUCUGUGCCAGGGACAUGCGGACUGUCCGCAGGGCAGCUCCUGCAUGCUGGUCCCCCAGGAGGGAGCGUGGCGGUGUGAGCCGAGCGUGGAAUCGGGAGGAUCCACGUCGCUGCUGGAGGGUAUAUUCGGAGCGAAGGAGAGGCAACCGCUGGGCAGCGAGUGCAGCAGCAGCAGCGACUGCCAGGUGAUCAACGGAAUGUGCUGUCAACAGCAGCGUUUGCACCACCGGGCAGCCAUUAAGCUGAGCUGUGGCUACUUUCGCGAUGCCUUCGACUGUGUAGAUAUGGUCGGAGCAGAGCAUCGACGCAACUGAAGAUCGCAGUUCUCGGGUAGCAAAGCUCAUUAAACCGAAGGAAAGUAGCCAAACAGCAAUUGAAUUGGAUUGAGUAUGAAUUACUUCAAUAUUGAAACAUAUCAAGUUGUUAAACAAAUACAUAUCAAGGUCAAAUUGCUAUAGCUUAGAGCAUUUGUAUUUCUAUAAUCUGCAUAUGAAUAUUUGCUAUUACUCAAACGAUCUUAGACAUCUAGAUGUGUUUUUAGUAGAGACUCCAAAUAUACUGACUGAGGCAUUCAAUGUUAAUAGCAGAAAGAAGAGUAUUCCAAUGCAGUUUUACCAUACUUAAGCAACAAUUAAAUCGUUUCACGUCUAAAUGUAAAUCGAAUACAAUAAAAGCAUUACCAAAUAUCUGC